AUGCCCGACGACACAGGGUCUCGUCAUAGCCAUGGAACCACUCCGUCUUUCCGCACCAUCUUCGCUGCACUUCAUCGCCGAUUUACUCACAAAUCUUUUACAAGCUCGCCAGCCUCCUCAAAUGGCACAGUUCUCCCACCGUCUUUGCCAGGCACAAGUCUGAGGAAAGAGCGCGGUGCCAUCGCCGCUCAGGCCUGCGAUACCUGCAGGGCUCGCAAGCAGAGAUGUGACGAGCAAAGACCAAAGUGCGGCACUUGCCAGAGAUUCAAUGUCGAGUGUCACUACAGGGAACCACAGCCUACAAAGAAGGACAAGACGCUGGUAGAAAUCCUGGAUAGGCUCAAGGUCCUAGAUGUUCUCAAUGUCCUCGAGAACAAGAUUGACCACUUGAGUUGGCGCAUGGACCAUUUAGUGGCCACAUGUCAUCCCAAUACAAACUCGACGACGACGGCAACUCACCUCGCCCCUCCUCCCCCUCUCACCACUUCCACUGGACAUUCCGUUGGCAUCCAUGGAGUACAUCCUGCCGUAGCACACCACCACUCGCCAGAAGGACUGUCUAAUGGGGGGCCUCAUGCGCUCCCCAAUAUUGCUUCGCUCACUGAGGAUCACUAUCAAUAUGUGUCUGCUGUGCAUCAGAUGCUGGCGUGGCCGGCAAUACAAGGCCACCUGGCGACCGUUCAGCCCAAAUGCCCUACCCGUAACCUCAAGUCGGUUGCGACUGACGGUCCGGCCAUGGCACUUGGUGCUCAUCUCCCAAUGGACCACACUAUACCCAUAAGCGUGCAAACUGGCGAAAACUAUAAUCUUGGGCCUGUCUCGGCCCCAAUAUCAGCCUUUGGAUUGGAUUGGGACAUCAUGCAAACGUUGAGCAAGGCCUACUUUGACACCAUUAGCCUCCUGCAUCCUAUCUUGGACCGCCAUACCUUUUUAACUCAAACACUUCCGACUUUGUUCAAGAACGGAAUCGAUCACAGACUACAGUCCACCAUUGCCUUUCUCGUCUUUGCUCUAGGCGAGGUUGCUCUAGGUAACUAUAGGGGUGCACCCAUCAAUGCGCACGGAGGGAGGCCGAGCGGUAUGAGGGGAGGUUCCAAAAGUCACCCACCUGGCAUCACGCUGUUCAACGAAGCGAGGAAACGUUUGGGCUUUAGUGUUGCCGAGACGAGCCUCGAGAUGGUACAGGCAUACACGUUAGCUAGGAUCCGCCAUAUGGCAACGGAUCUCGAGCGCUGGCGUAGCUACCUUCCCUCUAACCUACAAUGGCAAGAAGACACACCCGGCGCCUUUCCGUCGAGCGCAACCGCCUACAACGGCCCAAGCAUCUACAGCCCCGUCACGACAGCAACGGCAACUACGACCACGAACAGCACCCCGGCUGUCUCUCCCAUGCUUCCAACUCCCCAAGAAGGCACCACGUUCAUGAACUCCGUCAGCCCGGGCGUUAGCAGGGUCUCCAUGGCCGGAAGCGGCGUCAUGCCACAAGCCUUAGCCAAUGUCGCAGCUUCCGGCCUUCGCUCCCCCCCAAUGUCCCACCAACAGCCGAUUCUCAACUCCGGCCUUGGUCCCCAACAUCAACCAGUGCCUCAACCACAAAUGUUCACGGCCGACCUCGACGCCCCUCCUAUCCGCUAUCCGUAUGCCCACGACGUGCAGGUAGCCCUGCUCCGCUCCCGCUACUACUACGCCAAGUACCUCAUCCACCGCCCUUUCCUCUACAAAGCCCUGCACCACCCGGACGCCAUGAUGCAAGAAGACGCCAUCGGCGCCGCCGAGUGUCUCAAGGCCUCGCUCAAGUGGCCCAUUGCCAUGUCCCCCUCGUCUCUGCAAAAGCGGUUCGUGCCCUGCCCUUUCUUCUUCACGCAGAAUUUCUUUGGGAUCUUGGUUCUUCUGCAUUUGGUUCUGAGCGACAAGGUGCCGAUUCUGACCAAGAUCAAGGAUACGCUGUGUGGAGGAGAGAGGUUCGAGUUGGAGGCCAAGAAGACAGUGGAGCUGUAUGUGGAUUGGAUUCGGGAUCUGAAGGAUGUAGAGCCGAGUGCGGUUUGGGAUUGGGAUGUUGUCUGUGCCAUGUAUGGAUUGGAGGGGAAUGGGUAAUGGUAGAG